AUGUCGUUAAAAAAAAUCAGAGCCUUGUUGUGUUUUAAAAAGAAAGGGUCUGCCGGUACAAUUGCAUCUUCGUUCACAAGUGAAGAUAUGAAAACGUUGAAAGUGAACUUCAAACCAGCAGCUGAAAACCAAGUGAUACCUGAUGUUGAAGUUACCAACUUUCCGAAAGAAUAUGAAGAAUUUGUUCUCCCCAACAUUAACAAACAUGCGUUAAGAUUGCCAGAUUUCAUUGUUGGAAAGCUUGAAGUUUCCAAUCACCUCCGAAGCUUCAUUGAUUGGUUGCAUAUCGCAGAAACCUCACAGGAGGUCAUAGGUACAAGAUAUUCUAGCACUGACUCUUUGGUAAACGAACUGUGUCACAAACUUGGUCUGAAUUGUUGGCCUCUGAAUAUCAAUCUAUUUUUCGAUAAGAGCGAUAAAUACGAAAAUCAUAUACAAGUGCAUCCUGAAAUAGUGAUUGAAAAAAAAGAUAUUGCUAGAUUGGCCAUAGAAACUGACAAACAACUAAAAGACAUCGGGCCGAUGACUAACUUUGGAGAAACGCAAAUUACCGCCGAACUUCUUGUCUGUGCAUACAUGAAUAUUGAUUCUACCCCUAUGGAUCAGACCAUAUUUUUUAUGCGUAUAAUCUCUACGUACGUUACAUUUUAUAAGGCUGUAAUUCCUGGAGCAUAUUGGAAGGAGCUUAGUGAUGGCCUACCGCAAGAACAGUCAGUUGUAGUUCAACGAUGGCCGAGGGAAAAUGGUUUGAGGACCGGUCUAGAUCUUGCAGAACCGGAUGAAAGGCGAGCAAUACUAACAGCGAUCGGACAUGGAUAUGGACAUAGACUUGAACUUCAGAAUUUAGGAUUAAAAG